UGAAGAGAGCGACCGUCGGGAACUACAUUUCUGCUAUCUGCUCUCUUCUAUUUUUUGCUUUUUUUUUUUUUUUUUUUUAAGGCAUUAUUUGUGGUUAAUUAUGUGAUCGAAAUUGCAUGGCAAGACGGCUAAACCGUAGUGUUACCCGACGAAUUAUUCGCGUUGUUCAGAAGCUAUCUCUAAUUAUAUUUAUUCACCUGUGUUUACAUAGUAUAAAUAUAUAUUACUUGUGCCACGCGGUCUUAUAAUGCUCUCGAACACCGAAAAAGAGUUGAUAAUACAGAUAUGGGACAAAAUGAUUCCAGUGGCAGAGGAAAUUGGAUCUGAGGCUCUAUUAAGGAUGUUCACAUCGUUCCCCAAAACGAAGACAUACUUCUCUCAUCUAGAUAUCAGCCCCCAUUCGGAGCAUUUACGCUGCCACGGGAAGAAAAUCAUCCAGGCUUUAGCAGAGGGUGCGAGGAACAUAAGCACACUUACUACAACGUUGGCACCGCUAAGCAGGUUCCAUGCCUAUCAACUGCGAAUACAUCCUACAAAUUUCAAGCUUUUCAAUCAUUGCAUCAUUGUGACGUUAGCCUGCCAUAUGGGUGACAACUUCACACCAGUUGCACACGCGGCGAUAGACAAGUUUCUUUCGGCAUUCUCUGCUGUUUUAGCCGAGAAGUUCCGAUGAAGACCCCUCCGAAGAAGGAUAGGAUGGUUUAUCUUUAAUAAAUAAAUAAUUCAUGUUUUACAAAGUUUGUGUGUAUUUGUUAUCUGUCUGUAAUGCCAUGAAAUAAUCAAUUAAAAAAUAAC